GCCCGACAGGUACCCAAGCGCAGCGAGAGACUGGAAUGGCUGCUCAACCACUUUGCCAAUCCUACGGGAAGUUUGCGACCUUACCGGAAUCGUUAUCUCUGCCCGACGCGAUGCUGGGAAACAGUACCUUGGGCAAAGACCAGCCAGAAUAUUACUACAUGCAUCUGCAGCCCAUCAAUGAGAUCGGUGUCUGCU